AUGCCACCGCCCUGGAAGGACCCUAGGGAUGCCAACUCACCUGGGAGAGCCCCCAGGGUGCCACUGCUCUUGGCAGGACCCCCUGGGUGUAUCACAAACCCUGGGAGGGUCCCUGGGGCUGCCACCGCCCCUCGGCAGGCUCCUGAGGGCGCCGGCGCCUUUAAGAAGGCCCUAGGGGUGUCACCGCCCCUCAGAGGGCCCCUAGUAGAGCCACCGCCCAUGGCAAAGCCUCUGGGGGUGCCACUGCCACAGGAAAGGCCCCUGGGGGUGCCACUGCCUCUGGGAUGGCGCCUGAUGGUGCCACCGCCCCUUAGAGGGCCCCUGGGGGUGCUAACGCCUCGGGUAGGGCUCCUGGGGCUGCCACCGUCCCUGGGAGGGCCCGGCCCCACGGGCGCAACCCCAAACCUGGGAGGGCCCCUGUUGGCCCUGCUGCCUCUACGAGGGCUUCUGGGGCGAUUCGGUCCCUGCAAAGCCACCAGGGGUGACGCUGCCCUUGAGAGGGUUCCUGGGGCCACUGCUACCCCUGGAACGAACCCUGGUGGCGCCGCCGCCCUUGGAAGGGCCUCUGAGGGCGCCACCGCCCCUGGGAGGGGCUCUGAGACCGUCACCGCCCCUGGGGGUGCCUCCUCUAAUGGCAGAGCCCCUGCGUGUGCCACUGGGGCGCAAACCCCCCUAAAAGGGCCCCUGGGGGCGCCGCCGCCUCUUGGAGGGCCACCGCCCCUGGAAGGACCCCUGGUAUCUCCGCUGCCCCUGGGAGGGACCCUGGGGUCGCCGGGCACAAAUCCCCCUGGGAGGGCCUCUGCGGGCGCCGCUGCUCCUGGGAUGAACCCUGGAGGCGCCACCGCCCCUGGGAGGGUUCCUGAGACCACCAUCGCACCUGGCAGGGCCCCUGAGGGUGCAACCUCCAUUGGCAGGGCCCCUGCGUGUGCCCCUGGAGCGCACUCCUUCCUUGUAGGGCCCCUGGGAGCGCCGCCGGCUCUGGCAGGGACCCUGGGGUCCCCGCUGCCUCUGAGAUCGCCGACGGGAGAGCCCCUACGGGUGCCACCGACCCUGGAAGGACCUUGGGGAUGCUAA